AAUACGUCACUUCCGGAAAUCAUAUGCCAAAACCCGAUGACGUUUUGCGCACCUGCUGUAGAACAGUCGUGUGUUCUUGCAGAGGAUAAGCGUCAUGUCGCUUCUGAGUCAACGGUGUUUUCGACAUUGUUGUCGCACAUUUUUUCAUCUGGGACGUGCAAGGCCGCCAAAGACAUGGGUUGUACCAGUUGCAUUCAUACACGAGGACUCAUUGAGUUCAAGGUUAAGUGAGGACAAACCAGUUUUUCCAGGGUCCAGGUCAAGUUGGACAGAAAAGUUGGAAUUUUUGGAGCCUAAUCGUUAUGAGGGAAUCCCUGUUUACAGAGUAAUGAACACAAAAGGGGAGGUAAUUGAUCCCUCCCAAGACCCAAAGCUUGACAAAGACAUGGUACUGAAGAUGUAUGAGAGGAUGACACUGCUGAAUACAAUGGACAAGAUUUUGUACGAAUGUCAGAGACAAGGACGCAUAUCAUUUUACAUGACCAAUUAUGGCGAGGAGGGAACUCAUAUCGGGUCAGCAGCAGCCCUCGACCCCAAGGAUUUGAUCUUUGGGCAGUACAGGGAAGCAGGGGUGUUGAUGUGGCGAGGAUUUAGCCUGGAAAGUUUUAUGAACCAGUGCUACUCUAACGCUGAUGAUAUAGGGAAGGGACGACAGAUGCCUGUUCACUAUGGCAGUAAAGAGCUGAACUUUGUCACUAUUUCCUCGACUUUAGCCACUCAGAUGCCUCAGGCCAGUGGAGCAGCAUAUGCCAUAAAGCGGUCACACACAGACAAGUGUGUGAUGUGCUAUUUUGGAGAAGGUGCAGCAUCUGAGGGGGAUGCCCAUGCCGCAUUAAAUUUUGCAGCUGUCUUAGACUGUCCUGUCUUAUUUUUCUGCAGAAACAAUGGUUAUGCCAUUUCGACUCCUACCCAGGACCAGUAUAAAGGAGAUGGUAUAGCCUCUCGUGGAUCAGGGUACGGCAUGACAACAGCGCGUGUGGAUGGUAAUGAUGUAUUUGCUGUGUACAACGUGGUGAAGGCUGCCCGGGAGAUCGCAGUCAGGGAGAGCAGGCCUGUGUUGAUAGAAGCCAUGACAUACAGGAUUGGCCAUCACAGCACAUCUGAUGACAGCUCAGCUUAUCGCUCUCUGGAUGAGGUGAGCUACUGGGACAAGCAGGACCAUCCCAUCUCCAGGCUGAGGAGCUACAUGUUCAAGCAGGGCUGGUGGAGUGAAGACCAGGAGAAGGCCUGGAUGAAGGAGUCCAGGAAACAGGUUAUGGAGGCGUUUUCAAAAGCAGAGAAGAGGAAGAAGCCUAACCCUGAUUUGUUGUUCACUGAUGUUUACGACACAAUACCUGCGCAAUUAAAGAAGCAACACCAAGAAAUGAGAGAGCAUGUGAACUUGUACAAAGAGCAUUAUCCUCUGAACAAUCAUGAGAGUAUGUCUUAAUGGGAGCUGAUCUACAGUGUCCAGUGUACAGUAGACGUGUAUUUAUGAGCCCGUGAGAUUGUGUAUGUUGACAUACUUCAGCUGGCAAGUCUUUGUAGACAAAAUGCUGUGUACAUACCUACAACUAAAAUGUGCAUACAUGUUUUAUGUUUGAGAAAGUGAUCUUAUAGUCUCAUUGAAUGAGAUAACAUGUAUGUAUAAGUGACAGACAUGUUCAAAUACAUGUGCUAGUCUUAAUUCCACAGAUAACCAUAUGGAGUAACACAUGGAAAUGCCACUCACAUGGGGCUUCUGGAAUCUUUCUUGCUUUCUUGGGUCCAGAUCUCAAUGUAUUCCAUCAGUAUUUUAUUUGUUUACUUGAUUGGUGUUUUAUGCCGUACUCAAGAAUAUUUCACUUAUACGACGGCGGCCAGCAUUAUGGUGGGUGGAAACCGGGCACAGCCUGAGAAAAACCCACGACCUUCCGCAGGUUGCUGAAAGACCUUCCCACGUAUGGCCGGAGAGGAAGCCAGCAUGAGCUGGACUUCAACUCACAGCGACCACAUUG